AUGAACGCAGUGAAAACAGCUUUAUUGAUAGUUUCUUCAAUCGCUACUAUUACAAAUGCAGUUUCUUUGUUUUUUUUAUACAGAAAACACAAAAACAACUACGUUAUAUUGUGUAUCAAUUUAUCUCUUAGUGAUUUAGUCCGAAGCAUUGCAGGUUAUAUACCAGCUCUUUUUCUUGAAACAAAUUUGAAUAGAGCUUCAACAUUGUGUAAAUUAUCUGCCUUUUUUAUCGCUUUUUCUUCAUUUACUACGAUUGCAAUGCUCACUGCAAUAGCUCUUUCAAGAAUGAUACUACUAAGUACAUGUUUUCUUCACAGUCAAAUUAAUUACAAAACACUUUUCAUUAAAAUCGGAUUCUUUGCGUGGAUUUAUGGUUUUACGUGGGCCGUAAUGCCAUUUUUUGGAUUUUCUUCCUACACUCUGGAAAAUACAUGUACUCGAUGCUCAAUUGAUUUUUUUCCUAAAACAAAAGUUGAGAAAGUUUAUUUGAUCUUAUUGAUUGCAUUUGGUUUUUUAAUUCCCAUCAUAACAAUUCUAUCUUCAUGUUUAUAUACAGCCAAUGUGAUGCGUUCACAGUAUAACUACUUUUAUAUGAUAUAUGGCAAAAAUAAUGUGGAAACAAAAAAAUAUAAAGUAAAGGAAAAGAAAGCAUUUUCUUCAUUUAUACUUAUGGUAUUAUCUUUCGUAGUCUGUUGGACACCCUACGCAACAGUUGGUUGUUUUUCUGCUUUUACGUCACUUGAAAUUCCAAAAUGGCUACUUCACUUCGCUCCUUUUUUCGGAAAAUGUUCUGCUUUAGUAAAUCCUAUUAUUUAUUGUUGGAAAGAUAGUCUAUUGAGCUGGUAUAUAAAAAGUAAAAGAUCGCUAAUUAUAAAGUUACUCUUUAAAAGGAGUGAAGAUAAUUUAUUUACCUGCCAAAUUGAAAAAAUCUAAAUUAUUAAUUGGUUUUAUAACAAGCAUAUU